UUAGGAAGUCCCUCGGAGUACACGUUUUGAUCGCCGCCACUUGAAUUUGCUUUUUCCUGCGGGCGUCGUCUCGACCUGCUUGGGGCCAUACCAGGUUGUGUGUACAUGGGCCCGAGCCGCACUGCCUGUAUGGCUCCUGACUAAGUAUUCGGUUGGACUAGGGGUUUUGUAUGUGUAAUUAUGUUUGCUUUUGCUCCGGUAGCCUGUAUUGCAACAUAACAGCCGGUGUUGACGAAACCCCGUUUGGCUUGGAUACCUGGCCAAGCGACAGGCCGUCGUCACGUCAUUUUUCUUCUAAAUCCUCAAACUCGUUGGCGAAAAUGGCGGGCGGAAUCAAAUUGCCUUUGUCCAGCAGCCAGCUAUUAUUAUCGUUUUUAAGAUGGUGGUUACGGCAUAGAUCUCUUCAUCCCGCGUUGAUGUUUAGGGGUGCAAAUCGAAACCCCCAAUACCUUCGAUGGCAUUAUGAUGGUAUGGCUGACUUGUGUCGUCUGAGUCGAGUUGCGUGCUUGUUUGGCGCCAGACAAUUGGGUCUCGUUAACAGAGUUGGGGAUCAUGCUCAGGGCGAGAGGCGUCGAGACAGUGCGCCUCAAGGAGGCUCCAGUGCCAAAAGCAUCCUGGCGAAGAUCCGAGAGACUCCACAGGACAGUCUGAGGUCUUUGAGAGAGAGAGAGCAUACGAGUAGCUUGUGUCGUAUGGUCGCAUGGUCAUGGCUAGGGAUGCCUACGAGUCGAAUCCAGGGCAUUUGAAGCCUUCAUAUCCAAUCGAACUGCACACGUGUGAAUUACACGAGCGCCAAGUAUCAACGCAUGUUCACGGCUACGAGAGCCCAAUACAA